AACCUCCAAAAAGGCAAAGUUCAUCACUUAUGGGGGCAUCUGCCUCCCUGGUGAGUUUGAGAAGCAAGCAGGUCCGAACUGACCAGAAAAAUCAGAAAACCGAGGCUAUACAAGCAGGGAUACUACUCUGGCCUUGAGGAGGGGACCCUCUAUUACCAAAUCCCGGAUUGGUCCUCUUCCUGGAUAACGGGACACGCGGCACCAGGCAAGGGGCACGGGGUGAGUGUGAGAGCCAAGGCUGGGAAGAUGUGUCUACCACACAAGAGAAUGUCGAAAUCUUUGAAGAAAAUCGUGGAGGAGAGCCGGGAGAAGAACUUGCCUGAGGUGGACAUGUGUGAUCGUGGCAUAUCCAACUUGCUGGACAUACCCGGACUGUUCACCCUGUCUAAUAUCACCCAGCUGGUCCUGAGUCACAACAAGCUGACAAACAUUCCCCCAAACAUCGCUGACCUGAAGAACCUGGAGGUGCUCAAUGUCUUCAACAACCAGAUCGAGGAGUUGCCCACCCAGCUGAGCAGCCUGCAGAAGCUCAAGCACCUCAACCUGGGGAUGAACCGGAUGGGUUCCCUACCCCGUGGCUUUGGCUCUUUACCCGCCCUGGAGGUGCUGGAUCUCACUUACAACAACCUGAACGAAUCCUCCCUGCCUGGGAACUUCUUCUACCUGACCACCCUCCGCGCCCUCUACCUCAGUGACAACGACUUCGAGCUGCUGCCCCCGGACAUUUGCAAGCUGUCCAAACUGCAGAUCCUGAGCCUGAGGGACAAUGACCUCAUCUCGCUCCCGAAGGAGAUUGGAGACCUGUCCCAGCUGAAGGAGCUGCACAUUCAGGGCAACCGGCUCACUGUGCUGCCCCCGGAGCUGGGUAACCUCGACCUCACCGGACCCAAACAGGUCUUCAAGGCAGAAAACAACCCCUGGGUGACCCCCAUUGCCGACCAGUUCCAGCUGGGUGUGUCCCAUGUCUUCGAAUACGUCCGAUCAGAAACCUACAAGUACCUCUAUGGGAGGCACAUGCAGGCCAAUCCGGAGCCUCCAAAGAAGAACAAUGACAAGUCAAAGAAGAUCAGCCGCAAGCCGCUAGCAGCUAAGAAUAAGUAAAGAGGAGGAACCGUGGACCACCCUCAGCCUGCCCUGGGUCCUCAGCAUGAGCUUCUCAGCUCUGUUUAGCAAUAUAUGUAUGUAUGUCUGCUUUAUACUGCUGUGCACGUAAUAUUGCGCCCCCUACAGCUCUACGUGAGAAUAGCAUUAAUGAAUCCCAUAGCAAAGUAGGCUUAUCCAGUAUUAAAAUGCACCAAGUGGUCCAGAGAGUCACCUGACCCUUUCCCUGCCCCCCCCAACCAGUCCUAAAAAUCUCAACCUCAUAUUCCAGCCUGCUCUCUCAACUGGCAGCGUGGAUUUCCACUAUCCAAGCUGGCUACUUGUGGGGGGAGCCUGUGUGUGUGUGUGGGGUGGGGUGGGGUG